ACAAUGCUUCGCGCCUCCCUCGUCGACGCACCCGGAAGCAGGAAGUGAAGCGCUCCAACAAGCCACUUGACGCGGUGGCUUAUUUAUUUUAAACUCUCUGCGCUAAUGGCGGACUCUGGGCGUCCGAAGCGGACUGGGGCGUGGACGCUUCUUUUGCUGAUAUUGGCGGGACGAAAUGGACCGACCAGCGCCGUGUCCGAGCCGGGGAAAUGGGCCCUGGACCUCGACAGUAACACUUUGAGGACACACAACUAUUUUGUGUUUGCCAAAACCCUCUUCAACAACAGCGUCAUCCAUCUUAAAUUGAGCUGUGAAUCUUCUUCUGCGGUCCACUUGAACAUCUCAUGGUACCUCAGGAACUCCCACUGCUACGAUGAAGUCUUCAGUCUGGAUGGUACACAAGCAGAAAGAUACUUCGGGUCAACACAAGUCAAUCCCAAAGGAGGAAGCGGUUUCUACAUGUUCCACCAGUACCCUCUCAUCAAAUGCCAGCCACGCCUUGACCCCAGCGUAACGGAAGCCAACCAUUGUGGCUGUGCAAGUUUGGGCCUGGAUGUGUUUGAGACAAAAAGACGACUGACUGAAAUGCAACCAGUCACAAUGGCGACCGCGGGCAGGAAGCAGAGAGAGGCAGAGCCGCCAAAACCAAAGUCUGCAGCAGCUGACAAGGAGACGAAGCCCCCUGCAGGAGACGCUGCUGUUCCUCCUAAACAGGCCGCUGCGCACCCUCACUUUGAUGCGGCGGCAGAGAGUUGGGAGGACGGACCGUACAUGUUUGUCGUCAACAUCAGGGAGAUCAAAGACAACAACCGAGCGCCUGACCCGGCCCACCCCACACCCCCCUGGGGUCUCCAGCUUCAUGUGAGCAUGAGAGGCCCUCUUGACUUCAUCUCCGCCUCUGAAUGGCCGCUCAUGCUGUUCUACAUGAUCAUGUGCAUCGUCUACGUUCUGCUGGCGCUCUUGUGGCUGAUCCUGUCUGCGUGCUACUGGAGGGACCUCCUGAGGAUCCAGUUCUGGAUUGGAGGAGUCAUCUUCCUGGGAAUGUUGGAGAAAGCCGUCUUCUACGCCGAGUUUCAGAGCAUCCGAUACGACGGCGUGUCUGUCCGGGGCGCGGUAGUGUUUGCUGAGGUGCUCUCUGCCGUCAAGAGGACACUGGCCCGCGUGUUGGUGAUCAUCGCCAGUCUGGGUUACGGCAUAGUCAAGCCCAGACUGGGUGCGCUGCUUCACCGUGUGGUUGGCGUCGGUCUGCUCUACUUGAUGUUCUCUGUUGUUGAAGGCGUCCUACGAGUCAAUGCCGAUCGAGGCAACAACACCAGCACUAUACUUUUGUGCGACAUCGUGCUCGCCCUCACCGACUCCUGCGUUUUCUGGUGGAUCUUUGUGAGUCUGGCUCAGACCAUGAAGCUGCUCCGGCUCAGGAGGAACGUGGUCAAGCUCUCGCUCUAUAGACACUUCACCAACACACUCAUCUUUGCUGUCAUCGCGUCCGUUAUCUUCAUCGCUUGGACCACCAAAACCUUCAAGAUGUCCAAAUGUCAGUCUGACUGGCGCGAACUUUGGAUUGAUGAUGCUUUCUGGCGCUUUCUGUUCUCCGCCAUCCUAUUGGUCAUCAUGUUCCUAUGGCGACCAUCAGCUAAUAAUCAGAGGUACGCUUUCAGCCCUCUGGUGGAUGACAUGAGUGAUGAAGAGAACGAGGAGGAGGAGGAGCCUAUGUUGACUGAAGCUUUUGAGGGCAUGAAGAUGCGGGGCAUGAAAAACGACACCAACGGCGCAGCCAAGGCCAACAAAGUGGAUGAGGACCUUAAAUGGGUGGAGGACAACAUCCCAACAUCCAUGGCGGACGUCGCCCUGCCCCCCCUGUUGGACUCUGACGAGGAAACCGUCACGACCAAGUUUGAGAUGUCCAAGAUGGAGUGAGGUGCUCUGGGAAGAGGGGGGAUGGACGAGGUAUGAAAGAGGGAGCAGGAAACAGUGACGUGUUUUCGAAUUCCAACUUUAUGAGCUUUAUAAGCUACAAUUGGACAAACGCUCACCGUGGCAUCUUUUUUUUUUUAAAUUGUGUACGUGGACACAGUUGUGUACUUGUAACAAGUGUCAUUUGUGUACAUUGUUGCCAUGGCAGCAGCACCCACACUGCUCCCUAUCAUGCGUGCUUGUGUGUACACGUUCUUUCGGAUGACUUUUGAGUUAUGUUUGGACUGUUGAUAGUCUGACUGUGUCUUCUUUAUAAAGUUUACGAUGCCUUC